AUGAACAAUAAAAUGGUUAACAAUUAAAAAUAACAAUAAUGUUAAGAAGAAAGAAUUGAUCGUAAAUAGAUGUUUAAAGAUGUUGACCAUUCAUUAAGAAUACUUACAGAUAUUUAAUUGUAAAUUACAUAUAUUUAUAUUAGACCCUAAUAAAUGUCAAAAAGCAUUCAAGAUGCAUAUGAAAAAGGAGAAAUAGAAAUGAAAAAUAAUAUCUUUGAUAAUAUUAUUAAACAGAACAUUAUAGGUUUUUCCUUUGAUAUUUAUAAUCAUUAUAUCAUCUAAUGUAUUUUAGAAAAAGGAUUAAGUGAACACAAAAGUUAUAUUUUAAGAUUAGUUGUAGAAAAUAUAGAAUUCUUGUGUUAUAGAAAAUAUGCAUACAAAAUAGUAUAGUCAUGUUUAAUUUAAUAUCAAAAUAAUCAGAUUAUAUAAUUCAUAAUUGAUAAUUUAAAGAAAUUACAAUUUGAUUAAUAUGGAAAUCUCAUCAUUAAUACACUUUUAGAUACUAUUCAGAAUGAUGAAUAAUUUGCAUAAAUAAUAAACAAAUUGUAAAUUGAUAAAAUUAAAUAUCAUCAAUAUGGUUGUGUAAUUUUGAUUAAUAUGGUUACUUAUACAAAAUCAAAUCAUGUGGAUUCAAUUAUAAAUAAACUUAUUUAAGAAAGCAUAUAAUUAUCAAAAUCAUAAUUUUCAAAUUAUAUAAUUUAGAAAAUGCUCAAAGAAAGAACAAUUGAGUAAAAUAAAUUAUUAAUUAAUGAAUAUUUGAUUCCAAAUUUUAUUGAAUUAUCAUGUAAUAAAUUUGGAAGUAAUGUAUGUGAAAUUAUGGUUAAUAAAUCACUUGCUUAUUAACUUUAGAAUUUAUGGAAUUUAGUCAUUAAAUAGUAUAAUUAUUAUAUAUUUUAGAAAUCUAAAGUUAUUAUUAAAUAAUGAAUAUGCAAAUUAUGUAAUGUAAAAAUAUUAUUCACAUAUUUUGAUUUUUAAUUACAUUUUAGAAGAGUAUUAAUAAUCAUUAUAUGAAUUGAAUAAAAAACAAUUAUUAAACCAAAAUGGUAAAAUUGUUUAUCGAUUUGUCAAUCAAUGUAAUCAAGUAGUCCAAUUAAAUCAAUAUAAUUGA